AUGGCGGCUCCACCAGAUAAACUAGCAUAUAUUCGAUCGGCAGCAUGGGCAAUUGGUGCAAAACUAAAACAACAGAACGCUAUCACUGCUAGUCCGUACCAUCGAUCAGGAUAUAGUCGAUAUAUUAGUUCAGUGAAGUUGGUGAUGGAAACAGAAGCUGUUCAUAAUUCCACCUCAAAUCUCGAGUAUCAAUGUUAG